AAAUGUUUCAUCAAACCUCAUUCACAUUCUUUAUUCUAUAAAUACCCAACAUUCAUUUCCCCCAAAUCCCACCAUCUCCUCCAUUAAUAUCUUUCUCUUCUCUUCAAACAUUUUUGCCAAAUCUAGAGGUGCUACAAUGGCCAUUACCAAGUUCUUUGCUUCUCUCAUCUUAGCUCUCAUUGCCAUUUCCAUGAUCCAAACAUUGGUCAUGGCUGGUAAUGACCAAGGAGGCCAUCUCUAUGAUAACAAGAGCAAAUAUGGACCUGGGAGUCUUAAGAGCUACCAAUGCCCUUCACAAUGUUCGAGGAGAUGUGGACAGACACAAUACCACAAGCCAUGCAUGUUUUUCUGUCAGAAGUGUUGCAAGAAAUGCUUGUGUGUACCACCAGGGUAUUAUGGUAAUAAAGCAGUGUGCCCUUGCUACAACAACUGGAAGACCCAACAAGGAGGACCAAAAUGCCCUUAAAAUAAAAGCUUCAUCAAUGAAUCAACUAUAUAAAGUUUUUAUUAAUUUAUCUAUAUGGUCCUUUAUUAUAUUAUAAUUUAUUAUUAUAUGCUAACUAGAUGGUAACACUUUUUGGGUUUAUUAAAAAAUGUGUUGAUGUACUUUGAGAUAGCCUUUUGAGUUUAUGGGUUCCAUGUGCUAUUAUUAUUAUCAUCACUCCUUUUAGGCUUUUGUUUUGCCUUUAUUGAGAGUGGCCUAUUAAUGUAAUUGUUACCAUCUAUAUGAAAUGUAAUCUUGAUUUGGAAGAUCAAUUAUUGUUA